GUAGUACUGGAGUACUAUGUAUAAGGGACGAAUAACAACUAGCCAGCCAGCAGCCACAGGCCACAGCAUACGAGACGGAGACGAGACGAGAGCAGAAAUGGAAGCAGCAGCAGCUGCUGCUGCCAGCGGCGGCGGCGGUGACCUGGCCCUACUCCCCGGCGUCCUGCUCCUCCUGGCGCUCUCCACCUUCGUCGUCAUCUCCAGAUGGAGCAACCGCAGCAGCAGGAGGCUGCCCCCGAGCCCGAUGGCGCUCCCGCUCAUCGGCCACCUGCACCUCAUCCGCCCGCCGCCGCACAGGGCCUUCGACCGCAUCCUGGCGCGCUACGGUCCCCUCGUCUACCUCCGCCUCGGGCCCUCCACGCACUGCGUCGUGGCCGGCACCGCCGACGCCGCCCGGGACCUCCUCAAGCACGAGGCCAGCAUCGCGGAGCGUCCGCUCACGGCCGUCACGCGCCACCUCGCCUACGACGACGCCGGCUUCGCGUUCGCGCCCUACGGCCCGCACUGGCGCUUCAUGAAGCGCCUCUGCAUGUCCGAGCUGCUGGGACCGCGGACCGUCGACCAGCUCCGCCCCGUGCGGGAGGCCGAGCUGGCCGCCGUGCUGGCGGCGGCGCGCCGCGCGGCCGACAACGGGGAGGCCAUCGACGUCAGCCGCCACCUCAUCAGCAUGUCCAACAACGCCAUCAUGCGCAUGGUGGCCAGCGCGCUGCCGGGCCACAUGACGGAGGCCGCCAGGGACUGCGCCAAGCACGUCGCCGAGCUCGUCGGCGCCUUCAACGUCGAGGACUACGUCGCGCUCUGCCGCGGCUGGGACCUGCAGGGGCUCACGCGGAGGACGCGCGAGGUCCGCGACAAGUUCGACGCCCUGCUGGAGAUCAUGAUCACGGGCAAGGAGGAGAACCGUCGUCGGCAGCAUGGGCAGGGACACAGCACCACCACCGCCGACAAAAACAUCAGCAAGGACCUUCUGGACAUCCUCAUGGACGCGGCGGAGGACGUGAACGCCGAGGUGAAGCUGAGCAGGGAGAACAUCAAGGCGUUCGUGCUGGACAUCUUCACGGCGGGCUCCGACACCACGGCGACGAGCGUGGAGUGGGCGCUGGCGCUGCUCAUCAACCACCGUUCCUGCAUGGACAAGCUGCGCGCGGAGCUGGACGCCGUGGUGGGCGCGUCGCGGCUGGUCGGUGAGCAGGACGUGGCGCGGCUGCCCUACCUGCAGGCCGUCUUCAAGGAGACGCUGCGUCUUCAGCCGCCGGCCGUGAUCGCGCAUCGGGAGACCAUCGAGCCGGUGCACGUCCGGGGCUACGUGAUCCCGCCCAAGACCUCCGUCUUCUUCAACAUCUUCUCCAUCGGCCGCGACCCGGGGUGCUGGGAGGAGCCGCUGCAGUUCCGGCCCGAGCGGUUCAUGCCCGGCGGCGAGGGCGCCGGCGUCGACCCCAAGGGGCAGCACACGCAGCUCAUGCCGUUCGGGAGCGGGCGCCGCGCAUGCCCCGGCAUGGGCCUCGCCAUGCAGGCCGUGCCGGCGUUCCUAGCCGCGCUGGUGCAGUGCUUCGAGUGGGAUGUGCCCGUCCCGCCGGGGCAGUCCAAGGCGCCGCCCUUGGACAUGGAGGAGCAAGCGGGGCUCGUCCCCGCCCGGAAGAACCAUCUCGUGCUCAUCCCGACGCCGCGCCUCAAUCCGCUGCCGGCGAGAGCUGCCUAGCUAGCAUCGCCGACACGUACAUGCGGAUGGAUGCAGUCUCGGCUCAGAUGUGUCCCUUUCCUCUCCACGAGGGGGCAAGAACCUUUUCGAUCGCCUUUAUAUUACGGCUUUAUUUACCACUCUGUGUGUGUGUGUGUUACUUACAAACCGGCACGUUUAUGUUUCUGUUUAUGUAGUAUAUAAUAUACUAUAUUUCACUGUGACACAUGCAGUUCGUUUGCAA